AUGGCUUUCCUUUCUUUCUGGGGUCAGGUACUAGUUGGUUGCUUUACUGCUUCUUUAGCAAGAGCUUCCAAUCUCUCGGAUCUGUAUCCUCCUCUCUGGGAGGAGAGUCCUGGUCAGUUCAGUGACUUCCAUGUGGAGAACAAUAUGUACAUUAUUGAUGCCUGGGUAUACCAUGAGAGAAUGGGCAUGUAUAAAAUCCUACUGAACCAGACGGCCAGGUAUUUUUCAAAAUUUGGAUCAGAGAAUGAACAAAAUAUUUUAUGGGGAUUGUGUUUGCAGCAUGGCUGGCAAUAUAGUACAGGUAGACUAGCUGAUCCCAGCCGACGCACACACUGUGGCUAUGCAUCUGGAGAUCAUUUGUGCAUUUCUGUGGACAGCUGGUGGGCUGAUGUGAAUUAUUUUCUGAGUGCAUUGCCCUUCCUUGCUGCAGUUGAUUCUGGCAUUUUGGGAGUAUCAUCAGACCAAGUUACCCUUUUGCCACCUUUCAAGGAUCAGAUGAAGUUUUGUUAUGAUGUUUCUAGCUGUCACUCAUCCUUCCCUGAGAAAAUGAACAAGUGGACUUUGUUUUACCAGUAUUUGCAGUCACCUUCUGGUAGCUUUGAUGCCAUGUUGAAACAUUUAUGGGCUGCACAUAUCUCAAGUUUGGAAAAUACAGGUGAACGCUUUGAAGAUAGAUUUAUUUAUUAUUCUAAAUCAGAAGCAGAGUUUGGGAAAAAUUGGACAGUGGCUGUGGAAUAUUUAGCUGCAGCCCUCAUUCCUACCACCAUGGUUAGAGUACAUGAAUCCCAGAAGGGCCUGCCACCACGGAUCCUUGUCGAAACUGAUGUAGCACCAUUCAUCAGUGACUUUACUUAUCUUCAAAACAUGGUUCUGUCAGCUCUAGAUAUUCUUUGCAGUGUUGAUCAACUGACAGGUUCAUUUUUUUCAACUAUAUGGAAAAAUGCAAUGAAGAUACAAAUUAUAAGGAAGCUAUUUCUAGAACUAUUUGAUUAUUUCUUUGUUCUCUAG